AUCAGAGUUACCAUGAUUGCGCGCUUGGAUUUAUUCUACGUUCCAGAAAAAAAUCAGCGGCACGUGUUUCUUGUUUCGCGCCUUGCUUAAAAACUUUUCGUUCGCAUUUGUGGUGUAAGAAAAAUCGUCUGCUUAUAAAUCGCAAUGAAUAUGUUGUCUGAAAAUGAGGAAUUGGCCAAACUGGUUGACGGGGCUUACAAAAAUAUUUUGGAGAAGUUUAAUCCAUGCGCCAGGCAGCUCAUUUCUGCUGGAAAAGCUUAUCUGAAAGCUCUUCAUGGAGCCGUGGCAGCUUCGAAAGCCUACAUCGACUCCUUAGCCAAGUUGGCUCGGCAUGCCCAUCAAGGAACAUGGGGUGGAUGCACAGACAUUGGUACAGCACUUUUACAGUUAGUAGAUGUUCAAAAGGAAAUUCAAGCCCAGCAACUAAACAUUCUAAAAGCCUUUUACGUUGAUCUUCUGGUGCCAUUAGAAACCAACAUAGACAAAGAUACCAAAAUUGUUGCUUGCGAGCAGAAGCGCUUCAUGCAGCAGCACAAGUGCCUGCAGGAUUCGUACUUGAAAGCCGCCGCCGUCGUCAAGAAGCAGCGGAAAAAGCAGAAAGGUGGGCGAUGCGGGAACAUCGACAAGGAAAUAAGGAAUUUGCAACAGCUGGAAGAAGAGAAGAUGAAAUUGGACUGCUUUUGUGAAAGAAGUUUAAAGCAGGCAAUCACUCAGGAAAGACGACGGUUCGGUUUCGUCCUGGAACGCCAAUGCUCUCUCGCCAAACAUAACCUCGUUUACCAUUCUCAGGGUCAAAAUCUGCUCCAGCAUCAUUUGGAAGAGUGGGAGGAUAUCGCUAAAAGUAGGGAAAUGUUGCCAGAACCUAUUGACAAGCUCUUCCCACCCAACAACACCUAUAAGAGUUGCAGCGAGUACGCCUGCGCAAAUCUUUUGGAUCACUCUGUACCGACAUCGACCUCCCUCUACGUUCCUUCCCCCAACAUGGACCGAGCCACCCUCCGCAAGAACCGUAGCCUGGAUACCAGCUGCGUGGAUCUGCGAGAGCCCAGUCUCGAUCCCUUCCCGAAACCCCUAGUCAGAGCAAAAUCGGACUUCAACAUAGCCUCCUCCAAUACCAGUCUCAUUUCCAACGAUUACGGUGUUACGCUCCGUCCCAAGAGCCUGAUAGAGGCGGACACUAAGACCGGCCACUCGCGGGUGCGGGCCCUCUAUUCCUACCUGUCCAGUGGCGAGCAUCAGCUCAGCUUCCAUGAGGGAGACGUCAUCACACUCAUCGGGGACAAGAAUAAGGGAUGGCAAUAUGGAGAAAACCAGAGAAAUCACAGGCGCGGCUGGUUCCCCAUCGCUUACACAGCAGUGCUGGACGACGGGCCCAACGUCCACCCAAUGGAUGCCAACACUCUGGAACUGAAGCGCCGCAGCGUGGACGUGACGAGUCCUUAUUCAACCUUCUGCAGCGUGAGUCGCAGUCGUACCACACCCAACAUGCAGAACGGCGGCACCGACCACGACUCCUCUGGUGACUCUGGUCUACUCAUGCUGCCUCCUCCACCUCCCUCCGCCCACAGACCCCUCUCCACUUUCAUAGACACCAACGCUAAGAACUUGGACUCCUUACAGCGCCUGCGGUCUAACUCCAAGCUUCUUCACACUUCCCAGAGCCUACCCGUCGGUACCCCCGCCGCCCCCACCCCCACCACUCCCUCAGGUCCCUCUUUGACGUCAGGUGAGCCCUUGGUCAGGAUCCUGCCCCGACGUCUCCCUCCCAUGUCCCUCCACUCCAGCAACGACAGCGGUUUUUGCAACGAUGGACCGCCGCCGCCGCUGCCUCCAACCUUGCUUUCACCCACGUCGCCAGGAUUCUCGCCAAGGGACGGCGCCAAUGAAGACGCUAAACCUAAGGAGAAUAUGUUUUCUUCCGUGAAGCUGCGAAGAGUGAUUACCAAUGAUCGAUCCGCUCCGAUGAUCAGUUAGUAAUGAGCAGAACUAUUCCAGCCUUCAGCUGUCACCAUUUUCAGAUCUUUUUUUUUUUUUUUUUAAUCCUUAUCCAUCAAUAUGUAUAUCAAACGAACUGAUUUCUUAUCACUUAGCUUUCGCUCUGACAACAAAUCUUUCCAUUCCUUUUCCUCAAAUUUCUUUUCCCUGUGUAACCCCUGAAGAGAAGAUGUUAUUUUGAAGUCUAACUUUGCAUCUUGAAUAUUUUCAACAAUGCUUUUUCAUGUGCAAUGUUUUUGAGAAUGCUCAUUCUUCUAUUGUAUAUUGAAGUUUGUACAUGCAUGAGAAUAUUUGUUAGUGGAAUUUUUCAACUCAAAAGCGGUGUGUAUAAAAACAAAAAUCUGCCUUUGUGCUUAGAGAGAAGGUUAGUAAAACCAAUUCUUGUAUUUAUAAAAAAAAAAAUUCAAAUUGAAUAUGAAUGUUAUUAUAUGAUAUGCCUGUUUUUGAGAAUCUGUAAAUAAAAAUAAUAAAGUUUC